CAGGACCAACUACAAUGGGUUUAACUUAAAACCCAUUUUUAUUUAGAGGUCACAGUCUAUUAGAGCAAGGAAUGUGUGGCUGAUGAAAGGUUUGUCAGUUAACUCAGUAAAUUUUUUAUGUCAUUUCUUUCUUCCUUCUCUUUGCAGCUAACUUUUACAUUUUUAAAAGCAAAAAAGCACUGUUGGCCUGAACCACACAGCAGACAUUCUGAUAUGCAAAACAGAGAACUGUGUAUGACUAUUUUGAAAAGGAAGGACGUACGGGAAGCUGCUUCUGUAAGCUGUUGUUUGGUUCUUCAAAAGCAAAUUGUGCUUUUCAUGAGCAUAGCAGUCUCUGCUCCUGUUUUUAUGUGACUGCUUUAUUUUCACGCACUUUACUGGUCUGCUGGAGUGUUACUGUCAUACCAGACAGACAAGCAAGAGGAACAGCAAUGGUUUCAACAAGAGCACUCAGCCUUCUUCUUGUUGCCCUUCUUUUCUCUGUUCAAGUGGUGCAGAAUAAGGCUGACUGGGGAGUGACUUACACUACAGCUAAGAUAUGUGCCUCCAAUGGAUCAACAGUGGAAAUGAAAUGCACCUACACAUAUCCUGCAGGGUAUACCGUUAAAGAAGAAUUCUGGUGUUUUCAAGACGAUAAGGACCUCAAAGGCAACUUAGAUUACAAAGAUCGGAUUCAGUACAACUGUACUGAGAAAAGUUGCACUAUGAAAAUGGCAGACUUGAAAUGGACAGACUCCCGUGAAUACAGGUUCCGUUUCAUAACAGACAAAACUGAAGGAAAAUAUACUGGUGUACCUGGAAUCACUUUGUCUAUCACAGCUUUGCAGGUAGAGGUGACGAAAAUAAGAGUAAAUGAGUCUUGUACCAAAGCGGAGCUGAAGUGUAAGAGCAGCUGCACCGGAGAUGUUUCUUAUGUCUGGCUCAAGAAUGGAAAGGAGGUUACAGAAGAAAAUCCUUACAUAACCAGCCUUCAGUUUAAUGACAGCAUCUGCUGUGCUUUGAAAGGACAAGGAAAAUACUGCUCUGCUUCACUGUAUGCUCCAAAGCUUCCCUCUGUGUCAGUGAGUCCCUCUGCUGAGAUAGUGGAGGGCAGUUCAGUGACUCUGACCUGUAGCAGUGAUGCUAACCCAGCAGCUAAUUACACCUGGUACAAGGAGGGUGGACAAACACCCCUGUCCAUUACAAAACAGCUCAGCUUCCCGUCGAUUCAGUCAUCCGACUCUGGAGUGUAUAACUGCACAGCAGAAAAUGAGCUGGGAAUCAGGAAAUCCAAACAUCUUCUUAUAAAUGUAAAAUAUGCUCCAAAGCUUCCCUCUGUGUCAGUGAGUCCCUCUGCUGAGAUAGUGGAGGGCAGUUCAGUGACUCUGACCUGUAGCAGUGAUGCUAACCCAGCAGCUAAUUACACCUGGUACAAGGAGGGGCUAUUCCUGGCUUGGGCACCUGAUGGCGUUCAUCAUUUCACCUCGAUCAGCCCUGAGAACAGAGGAAACUACUCCUGCAAGUCAGAGAAUCAGUAUGGACAGAUCAACUCUUCACCUGUGUUUAUAAAUGUCCAGUAUCCUCCAAAGCUUCCCUCUGUGUCAGUGAGUCCCUCUGCUGAGAUAGUGGAGGGCAGGUCAGUGACUCUGACCUGUAGCAGUGAUGCUAACCCAGCAGCUAGUUACACCUGGUACAAGGAGGAUGAACCACUGCCUGUAGGACCAGAGGGCGUUCAUCAUUUCACCUCCAUCAGCUCUGAGGACAGAGGAAACUACUUCUGCAAGUCAGAGAAUCAGUAUGGACAGAUCAACUCUUCACCUGUGUUUAUAAAUGUUCAGUAUGCUCCAAAGCUUCUCUCUGUGUCAGUGAGUCCCUCUGCUGAGAUAGUGGAGGGCAGUUCAGUCACUCUGACCUGUAGCAGUGAUGCUAACCCAGCUGCUAAAUACACCUGGUACAAGGAGAAUGGUCAUGCAACUCUAAGUGAGGAACAGACUCUGUUUUUCCGCUCCAUUCAGUCCUCCGACUCUGGACAGUAUUACUGCAUCACUGUAAAGAGCCUGGAGUUAAAGUGCUCUGGAUACAAAUUUAUUGAUGUGAAAUAUGCUCCAAAGCUUCCCUCUGUGUCAGUGAGUCCCUCUGCUGAGAUAGUGGAGGGCAGUUCAGUCACUCUGACCUGUAGCAGUGAUGCUAACCCAGAAGCUAAAUACACCUGGUACAAGGAGGGUGAAGAUUCCCCUAAAACGUCAGGACACAACUUCACCAUCAGCAACAUCGGAGCUGAGCACAGUGGGAGUUAUUACUGUGUGGCCCACAACAACAGAGGGACUCAUAACUCCACCUUACAGCUGACUGUUGUAGCAGGAGCAUGGAAGGUAACAGCUGCUGGAGUAACUUUUGCUGUUCUCCUCUCCAUCAUAGCCCUCUCUGUCUUCUUGUGGAUUUGGAAAAGGAGAUCCUCUAAGGAAUUAUCUCAACCUGGAAACAGAGCAGGCAACAGAGAACAGAAACAGCCACAGGAUCAAGAAGACCUUCAGUAUGCCAGCAUCCAUUUCCCCCAAAUCCAGGCCGAUCCUCUCUACUCCAGCAUCAGAGGAACUCAGUCCCACAUACACAUGAAGGAACAGGAGGUUACCGAGUACACUGCUGUUAGAUUUAAGAGAGACGAUGGGGCCCUGAGGUGAAACAGCUCCUCACACAGAAAUGUUCCCCACUACAAAGUGAACUGUUUGUGAAAUACAUUGUAUAAACAACAUCAUUAGCCGUUUCCGGGUCCUAAACUCCGUCCGCUUCGGGUCCCAAAGUUAAACAAACACUGCAGCAUCACUGAGAGCUAAAAACUGUCUAAAUUCUUUCAUCUGUAAUAAAAUGAUCAGUGUGGCUGCUCUACCAGGUGUAACUAUGAAGUUGUGCAUUGUUAUCACUUGCAUUGUUACCUUGUUAUCAAAUUAAAUUAAUAUUACAAUUAA